AUGGGCCAACCUGAGUAUAAGGCACCGGAACCAGAGUAUGGAUAUGGGUACGGGAGAAAGCCCGAGUACGAGGCACCGGAGUCCGAAUAUGGAUCUGGGUACGGUCGAAAGCCUGAGUUUGAAGCACCGCCAGCUGAAUUCGGAUCUGGGAAUGGUCGGAAGUCGAGCUAUGGUGAGGAAUCUAGUUAUGGCGAUAAGCCGCCGAGAAGCCGAGCUAUGGUGAAGAAGGCGAUUAUGGAGAAAAGCCACCGAGAAGGCCAAGCUAUGAGUGGCCCAGUUAUGAGACGCCAGAAAGCGAGGAGAGGCCGAGCUAUGGGAGGACUGAGUUUGAGAGGCCGGGAAAGUGGGGAGUAUGAGAAGCCCAGUUAUGGGAGGAGCGAGGAGCAGAAGUACCGCCUCCCUGGUGGUUAUGAGAGGUGCGGCGACGAUGAUUCUGAUUCUGAGCGUCCUAAGUACGGUGAAGAAGGCUAUGGUUGCAAGAAAUAUGUGAGAACCUCCGAUGCCGGCGUUAUGAUUGAAGAGUGUGAGAAAUAG